AAAAGAUGGCCGGGCUGCCCCGCAGGUUCAUCAAGGAAACCCAGCGUUUGCUGGCAGAACCAGUUCCUGGCAUUAAAGCAGAACCAGAUGAGAGCAACGCCCGUUAUUUUCAUGUGGUCAUUGCUGGCCCCCAGGAUUCCCCCUUUGAGGGAGGGACUUUUAAACUUGAACUAUUCCUUCCAGAAGAAUACCCAAUGGCAGCACCUAGAGUACGUUUCAUGACCAAAAUUUAUCAUCCUAAUGUAGACAAGUUGGGAAGAAUAUGUUUAGAUAUUUUGAAAGAUAAGUGGUCCCCAGCACUGCAGAUCCGCACAGUUCUGCUAUCAAUCCAGGCUUUGUUAAGUGCUCCUCAUCCAGAUGAUCCAUUAGCAAAUGAUAGAGCCGAGCAAUGGACGACCAACGAAGCCCAAGCCAUAGAAACAGCGAGAGCAUGGACUAGGCUCUAUGCCAUGAACAAUAUUUAAGUUGAUCAGAUCAUCAAGUGUACACGGCUUCUCCUGUUCUGCCAAGACUUCUUCCUCUUUUUGUUUGCAUUUAAUGGACACAGUCUUAGAAACAUUACAGAAUAAAAGCCCAGGCAUCUUCAUCUUUGGUGAUUUCAUGCA